AUGUAUUUCAGCCAGUCUGUUCUUUUCACGAUUUUGCUCUGGCCAGGAGCUAUGUCACAGCUCCUUGAGCAGGAUUGUGGGUACACUAACCUAACAGUGCAUGGCCAGGAUGCGAGACCCGUAAGCAAUCCUUGGAAGGCAUUUAUACUCAAAUAUAAUGUUGAGAGAACAGCUGAUGUUGUAUGCUUGGGAACUCUUAUUCAUAAGCAAUUCGUUUUGAGUGCAGCCCGUUGCAUCGCAAGAAACCAGGUUCUUGCCGUGCGUCUUGGAGAAUAUAGUACAGCAAAGACCUUUUUAGUGACCAGGUCCUUUCGGGACAAGAACUUUGCAGCUGACUAUGGCAUCAAGGCAGCGUUACUUCAAAUACAACCGGAUGUGCAGUUUAAUGCUUUUAUCAGACCCAUUUGCAUCAUCACGGAUCCCGCUGAAGUGCCCGAUGUCAAAACCUUCCGGGCUGCUGGCUGGAAAAAAACGGCAAGCGGGGCGUUAUCGAUAGUGCUGAAACCCGUAGAGUUGACCGAAGUCAAUUUAUCCGUGUGUAACAAUAUGUAUCGGAGGAACCUAACCGACGACCAUAUCUGCGCAGAACAUCAGAACGAGGACACCUGCGUAAGCUUAACCGGAGGUCCGUUGAUGCAAAAGGUGGAUAUGAAUGGGUCUCUGCGGUACGUGCAACUUGGAAUCAUCCGUGCUGGAGUCUCGGAGUGCAGAAAUCCAGCGGUUUACACCAGGCUAUCGGGCUAUAUCGAAUACAUUCUUGGGGUGGUAAGCAACUACACGGUAAGCAGUGCGCCACAGAUCCUGGUUUGA